AGAUAUAUCUUAAUUCGUGGUACAACCAUGUGUAUACUUACUGAUAAAUGAUAAUGUUAAAUAACAAAUAACAAUAUUUACAAUGUGUUCUCCUUCUCACUUCUCAUGUUCACCAAAAUCGACAAAAAAAAUCAAACGAUGGAUAAACAUUUGGUAGAUUUUGACUGGAAAUUAAAGUAUGAAGUAUUUGUUUAAGCUGUUUACUCUACGUCCAUACCGACCAUAUUAUCCUUUUCGUUUUCUGAGUUUUGUCAAUCCGGUCGUUAGUUACAAUCUUAAACCACGACCAACACCAGAAAUCAUGAAACUUGAAAGCUCACAAUACGGUUUUAUAUUUUCUCCACAACUUACUACGGUGUUACAAGUUUUUGACAAGUACAAGUAUGAAAUCAGACUCUGUGGAGGUGCAGUACGUGAUAUUCUGUUGCGCAAGACUCCUACUGAUCUAGAUUUUGCGACUACAGCUACUCCGGAUGAAAUGGUAGAAAUGAUGGAGAAUGAAAACAUUAGAAUAGUUAAUAAAGGUGGUUUAAAACAUGGAACAGUAACUACUCAUGUUGAUGGUGUUAAUUUUGAACUUACUACACUGAGAAUUGAUGUUGUUACUGAUGGCAGACAUGCUGAUGUUGAAUACACUAAGGAUUGGUUACUAGAUGCAGGACGAAGAGAUUUAACCGUAAAUUCCAUGUUCUUAGGAAUGGAUGGUACCAUAUAUGAUUAUUUUGGUGGAUAUGAAGAUUUGAAAAAGCGUCAAAUAAAAUUUGUUGGUGAUCCCAAAUUGCGCAUCACUGAGGAUUAUUUGAGAAUUUUACGGUACUUCAGGUUUUAUGGUCGUUUGGCUACUGCACCCAACCUUCAUGAUGAAUAUAUACUUGAAGCAAUACGAGAAAAAGGCAGUGGUCUCAAAAAUAUAUCUGGUGAACGGAUUUGGUCAGAACUUUAUAAAAUUUUAGAAGGAAAUUAUGCAUCUGAUAUUAUCAAGACUCUUUUGAAUUUAGGCUUAGGUCCAUAUAUUGGUCUUCCAGAUCAUCCCAAUAUAGACGAGUUUGAUAAAGUUAUUAAUCGAAGCAAAGGACUAAAAUUACUACCCAUCACUAUGUUAACACCAUUCUUAAAAGAUGUACAAGAUAUGAUUGAACUAAACAAUCGAUUAAAGUUUCGGGUGUUUGACAGGGACUUGGGAUUAUUUUUAAUAGAAAGUAGAGAUGAAAAAUGGACACCAGACACCAUUAAAACUAAUAAAAUAAAAAUUAUACAAAAUCCAACAAAACAAGGUGUUAUGAAAGUGUAUAUUGAACAAUUAUUGAUGUACAACAAUGAUCGAAUAAUUCUUGAAGAGUUUCAAAAAUGGACACCAUUAAAGUUUCCUAUUACAGGAAAUAUGAUUAAAAAUCACGGGGUGCAAGAUGGGAAAAAAAUCGGAAUAAUUUUGAGGAAACUUAUUGAAUACUGGGCAGAUGAUGAUUUCCAAACAGAUAUUGAAGAGUUACUAAAUUUGAUACCUAAAGCUGAAAAUGAAUUAAGCUGCAAUUUCAAAAAAUCUCAAAAAAAAUAGAUAAACAAGACCUAUGUAUCUAUUUUAAAUUGUUGUAUUGAAAUUUAAUUCUUGUUUAUAUAGAAAUUUAAACAAGAUAUUAUCAUUCAGAAAAUACUUAUUUCUUAUGCAACUAUAGCAUUACAUAUUAUAAGAAAUUAGUAAUUUCUCAAUUAGAAUAAAAUUGUUUAAUUGAUAAGAUAAUAGAAAAAAUUCAAUGUAAAAAUAUAAACCUUUACAAAUCAAAAAUUAAAUUAUACAUAUUCUGAAUUAAUUGUUUAUAA